AUGGACAAGGUUCUACAAUCGAUUUACCCCAGCAUGACUGCAGCUGCAGAUUUUCUUUCGAACACUAAACGACUUGUCCAAGCUAUCGUGCUGUGGAAAGAAUGCUUAACAUUCCUAAAUAACAAACACUUAGAAAAAGAAAAUGACCUUGCCAGAAAAGUGAGUAUGAUGCUGUACAAUAGGCUGUGUCAUGGGUAUGCUGCUAUUUACAAACUUUCUCCCGCUAUAGAAUCUGGCAAGAAGCUUUUAGUCCUACUUCGUAAAUGUAAGAGAAAAAAAGAAGAAUGUGACACAGCCUGGAUGCUAGCAAUACUGUACUAUCAAAAAGGUGAAUACAAGGAAGCACAACAAUAUCUUCAGAAAGCACUUCCCAUCACGACAGAAAUUGGCGACAAACACGGACAAGCGUCAUGCUACAUAAACCUAGGAAACGUGUUUGAUUCUGUCGGAGAAUAUGCCAAGGCUGAAGAAUAUUAUCAGAAAGCACUUACCAUCAAGACAGAAAUUGGCGACAAAGACGGACAAGCGUCAUGCUACAUAAACCUAGGAAACGUGUUUGAUUCUGUCGGAGAAUAUGCCAAGGCUGAAGAAUAUCUUCAGAAAGCACUUCCCAUCACGACAGAAAUUGGCGACAAAGACGGACAAGCGUCAUGCUACAUAAACCUAGGAAACGUGUUUUGUUCUGUCGCUGAAUAUGCCAAGGCUGAAGAAUAUUAUCAGAAAGCACUUCCCAUCAAGACAGAAAUUGGCGACAAACACGGACAAGCAACAUGCUACAUGAACCUAGGAAACGUGUUUCGUUCUGUCGCUGAAUAUGCCAAGGUUGAAGAAUAUCUUCAGAAAGCACUUACCAUCAAGACAGAAAUUGGCGACAAAGACGGACAAGCGUCAUGCUACAUAAACCUAGGAAACGUGUUUGAUUCUGUCGGAGAAUAUGCCAAGGCUGAAGAAUAUUAUCAGAAAGCACUUACCAUCAAGACAGAAAUUGGCGACAAAGACGGACAAGCGUCAUGCUACAUAAACCUAGGAAACGUGUUUGAUUCUGUCGGAGAAUAUGCCAAGGCUGAAGAAUAUUAUCAGAAAGCACUUACCAUCAAGACAGAAAUUGGCGACAAAGACGGACAAGCGUCAUGCUACAUAAACCUAGGAAACGUGUUUGAUUCUGUCGGAGAAUAUGCCAAGGCUGAAGAAUAUUAUCAGAAAGCACUUACCAUCAAGACAGAAAUUGGCGACAAAGACGGACAAGCGUCAUGCUACAUAAACCUAGGAAACGUGUUUGAUUCUGUCGGAGAAUAUGCCAAGGCUGAAGAAUAUUAUCAGAAAGCACUUACCAUCAAGACAGAAAUUGGCGACAAAGACGGACAAGCGUCAUGCUACAUAAACCUAGGAAACGUGUUUGAUUCUGUCGGAGAAUAUGCCAAGGCUGAAGAAUAUCUUCAGAAAGCACUUCCCAUCGACACAGAAAUUGGCGACAAACACGGACAAGCAACCUGCUACAUGAACCUAGGAAACGUGUUUUGUUCUGUCGGAGAAUAUGCCAAGGCUGAAGAAUAUCAGCAGAAAGCACUUACCAUCACGACAGAAAUUGGCGACAAAGACGGACAAGCAACAUGCUACAUGAACCUAGGAAACGUGUUUCGUUCUGUCGGAGAAUAUGCCAAGGCUGAAGAAUAUCUUCAGAAAGCACUUCCCAUCAAGACAGAAAUUGGCGACAAAGGCGGAGAAGCGACAUCCUACGGAAACCUUGGAAUUUUGUGUCUAACUAUCGGUGAACAUGCCAAGGCUGAAGAAUAUUUUAGAAAAGCUAUUCAACUUAGCAAGGACACUGGAGACAUCGAAUUGCAGUUUAUAGCUCACCUAAGUCUAAAUUAUUGUUCUUUAGCAUUAAAAGGAAACGCAUCUGAAGCUUUAUCGAAUCUCCGUACUAGCAUUGAGAAGUGCGAGAUAAUGCUUAACUUUCUACCAAACAAAGAUCGAUACAAGAUAUUAUUUUUUGAUGAGCACGCGUCCCCCUAUCGACUGUUUAGUUCACUGUGUUGUGCUACUGGGAAACACUAUGAGGCUUUACACGUUGCUGAGCUUGGCAGAGCCAGAGCUCUAGUAGACCUAGUAUCAGAUCGGUAUUUUGUGGAGAAAGAAGUAUCCCUCGACCCAGAAUCGUUUGCUGGCAUUUUGAAGGUCAUUAGAGAUAGUAGUAACCGUACUUGCCUAUACAUUUCCUACCAUGGUGAAGAUAUAUUUCUUUGGACUGCAAAACAAAGCAAGCCGAUAGCUUUCCGAAAAACGAAACUUUCUGAGAUCUAUGUUAGCAAGCACGGAAAACUGUCUGUGGAUGACCUUUUUAAAAAGGGAAGAUUAUUAAGGAAUUUUCACGUUUUACCUCAAGAGCAAUGCGAAGACCGAUCACUCUUCUCCUCGUACGCCAACCAACUUACAAACGAAGCAAAUCUGGAAGAUAGUCUCUCAUCCUUGCGUCCUCUUUUAGAUGAAGAAGAAGUAAACACCGACCCUGAACCGCUGUUUCAGCUUUACAACCUGUUGAUUGCUCCCGUAAGUGACUUGCUAGAAGGAUCUGAAAUCAUUGUUGUUCCUGAUCGCUGCCUCUUCCAAGUUCCGUUUGCAGCAUUACAUGAUGAAUGUAACUGCUAUUUAUCAGAUUCUUUCAGGAUACGUAUUGUCCCUUCUUUGACGACUCUCAAGCUCAUUCUGGACAGUCCAGCGGGCUCUCACAGCGAAACUGGUGCAUUGAUUGUGGGUGAGCCGAAUGUAACGGAUGUGUAUUUCAAGGGAGAGUUAAGGUACCUCUGUAAAUUGCCUGGCGCGAAAGCGGAAGCAAAGAUGAUAGAAAGACUACUACCUGAAUCUCACCUUUUAAUAGGAGAGCAAGCAACAAAGGAGGCGGUUCUUCAGAGGAUACCCUCAGUAAGUCUCGUACAUUUCGCUGCUCAUGGUGACGCCGAAAGAGGGGAAAUUGCUCUUACCCCUCCCGACUCCACUAUGGGGAUUCCACAUGAACAAGACUACUUACUCUCAAUGGCCGACAUCUCACAAGUUAGACUAACCGCCAAACUGGUGGUCCUUAGCUGUUGCCAUACCGCACGUGGACAGAUCAAAACAGAAGGCGUUGUUGGAAUCGCUCGAGCAUUCUUAGGAUCGGGUGCACGCUCAGUAAUGGUGGCAUUGUGGGCCUUACAAGACGAUGCAACAGAGCAGUUCAUGAGAAGAUUCUACGAAAACCUUGUCCAAGGAGAAAGUGCAAGUGAAUGUCUUCACCGGGCCAUGAAGUGGAUGCGAAAUAACGGUUUCUCUGAAUUUGGCGACAAAGACGGACAAGCAACAUGCUACAUGAACCUAGGAAGCGUGUUUCGUUCUGUCGGAGAAUAUGCCAAGGCUGAAGAAUAUCUUCAGAAAGCACUUACCAUCACGACAGAAAUUGGCGACAAACACGGACAAGCGUCAUGCUACAUAAACCUAGGAAACGUGUUUUGUUCUGUCGCUGAAUAUGCAAAGGCUGAAGAAUAUCUUCAGAAAGCACUUCCCAUCAAGACAGAAAUUGGCGACAAAGACGGACAAGCGUCAUGCUACAUAAACCUAGGAAACGUGUUUUGUUCUGUCGCUGAAUAUGCCAAAGCUGAAGAAUAUCUUCAGAAAGCACUUCCCAUCAAGACAGAAAUUGGCGACAAAGACGGACAAGCGUCAUGCUACAUAACCCUAGGAAACGUGUUUUGUUCUGUCGGAGAAUAUGCCAAGGCUGAAGAAUAUUAUCAGAAAGCACUUCCCAUCAAGACAGAAAUUGGCGACAAAGACGGACAAGCGUCAUGCUACAUAACCCUAGGAAACGUCUUUUAUUCUGUCGGAGAAUAUGCCAAGGCUGAAGAAUAUCUUCAGAAAGCACUUCCCAUCGACACAGAAAUUGGCGACAAACACGGACAAGCAACCUGCUACAUGAACCUAGGAAACGUGUUUUGUUCUGUCGGAGAAUAUGCCAAGGCUGAAGAAUAUCAGCAGAAAGCACUUACCAUCACGACAGAAAUUGGCGACAAAGACGGACAAGCAACAUGCUACAUGAACCUAGGAAACGUGUUUCGUUCUGUCGGAGAAUAUGCCAAGGCUGAAGAAUAUCUUCAGAAAGCACUUCCCAUCAAGACAGAAAUUGGCGACAAAGGCGGAGAAGCGACAUCCUACGGAAACCUUGGAAUUUUGUGUCUAACUAUCGGUGAACAUGCCAAGGCUGAAGAAUAUUUUAGAAAAGCUAUUCAACUUAGCAAGGACACUGGAGACAUCGAAUUGCAGUUUAUAGCUCACCUAAGUCUAAAUUAUUGUUCUUUAGCAUUAAAAGGAAACGCAUCUGAAGCUUUAUCGAAUCUCCGUACUAGCAUUGAGAAGUGCGAGAUAAUGCUUAACUUUCUACCAAACAAAGAUCGAUACAAGAUAUUAUUUUUUGAUGAGCACGCGUCCCCCUAUCGACUGUUUAGUUCACUGUGUUGUGCUACUGGGAAACACUAUGAGGCUUUACACGUUGCUGAGCUUGGCAGAGCCAGAGCUCUAGUAGACCUAGUAUCAGAUCGGUAUUUUGUGGAGAAAGAAGUAUCCCUCGACCCAGAAUCGUUUGCUGGCAUUUUGAAGGUCAUUAGAGAUAGUAGUAACCGUACUUGCCUAUACAUUUCCUACCAUGGUGAAGAUAUAUUUCUUUGGACUGCAAAACAAAGCAAGCCGAUAGCUUUCCGAAAAACGAAACUUUCUGAGAUCUAUGUUAGCAAGCACGGAAAACUGUCUGUGGAUGACCUUUUUAAAAAGGGAAGAUUAUUAAGGAAUUUUCACGUUUUACCUCAAGAGCAAUGCGAAGACCGAUCACUCUUCUCCUCGUACGCCAACCAACUUACAAACGAAGCAAAUCUGGAAGAUAGUCUCUCAUCCUUGCGUCCUCUUUUAGAUGAAGAAGAAGUAAACACCGACCCUGAACCGCUGUUUCAGCUUUACAACCUGUUGAUUGCUCCCGUAAGUGACUUGCUAGAAGGAUCUGAAAUCAUUGUUGUUCCUGAUCGCUGCCUCUUCCAAGUUCCGUUUGCAGCAUUACAUGAUGAAUGUAACUGCUAUUUAUCAGAUUCUUUCAGGAUACGUAUUGUCCCUUCUUUGACGACUCUCAAGCUCAUUCUGGACAGUCCAGCGGGCUCUCACAGCGAAACUGGUGCAUUGAUUGUGGGUGAGCCGAAUGUAACGGAUGUGUAUUUCAAGGGAGAGUUAAGGUACCUCUGUAAAUUGCCUGGCGCGAAAGCGGAAGCAAAGAUGAUAGAAAGACUACUACCUGAAUCUCACCUUUUAAUAGGAGAGCAAGCAACAAAGGAGGCGGUUCUUCAGAGGAUACCCUCAGUAAGUCUCGUACAUUUCGCUGCUCAUGGUGACGCCGAAAGAGGGGAAAUUGCUCUUACCCCUCCCGACUCCACUAUGGGGAUUCCACAUGAACAAGACUACUUACUCUCAAUGGCCGACAUCUCACAAGUUAGACUAACCGCCAAACUGGUGGUCCUUAGCUGUUGCCAUACCGCACGUGGACAGAUCAAAACAGAAGGCGUUGUUGGAAUCGCUCGAGCAUUCUUAGGAUCGGGUGCACGCUCAGUAAUGGUGGCAUUGUGGGCCUUACAAGACGAUGCAACAGAGCAGUUCAUGAGAAGAUUCUACGAAAACCUUGUCCAAGGAGAAAGUGCAAGUGAAUGUCUUCACCGGGCCAUGAAGUGGAUGCGAAAUAACGGUUUCUCUGAAGUGAGGCAGUGGGCACCUUUCAUGCUGAUUGGGGAUGACGUGUCAUUCCACUUUGGUGAAGAAUUAAAAGUAAAGUGA